CUAACGGUUAAGAGAGGGUAAACAGUCCUCUCCGACUCGACUCUGACUCUCCGACGCACGAAACAACCUCUUCGGGCGAAGCAGUCAGUUCCAGCCAUAAAUUCAACAAUCGAAACAGCGGAGCUAUGCCCUUCCAUGGCAUGACAUUGUCUUGACCAUGACAAUACCUCUUCGUCAUCGCUGGCAAUGAUAUCGCUUCCUCCAAGAACCACAUGAUGUUCUGCACGAGAGAGAGUCAAGUCGCACUAGGUUGUCAAUCAAUACAACAUACAACAAACAACAAGGGAGAGAGAAGGAACGGCGGUGAGGCUGUCCUCUGAGAGUCAUGCUCCCGCCAUGGUGCUGUUAUGCUGUUGACCCCACAGCGGCGCGGUGUGGUACCGGUAUAUCAUAAAUACGAGCAUUCAUUCCUGUGUCUUUCAUCGAUCCUUGGCUACAAUCAUGUCAUUCUUCUCAAUGUUCAAUCCAUCGUAUCUUGGCCGCUUGCAUGAGCGACGGGAAUCUCUCCAUUCAGGGGGAGUGCCUUUUGAUGUGAUUGAUUGUGUGACGGAGCUGCGCACGCUGGAUGUUGACAUGUCCCAUUUGAACCCAAAGGAAAAAGAAAACUUUCUAGUCUAUCUUUCAAGCUUGAUUACUGCCUCGCCUGAGCUUGAAACGUUCAAGUUUGACAUCGCCUUGGUUUCGAAGUAUGUUCGUGGGCAUGGUUUUCCCAUGUUUGUCCCCAUCCCGCAUUUGGAUUGGAAUGUCAUGGCUUCGUGUCCCAAGCUCAAGAUAAUUCAUUGCCGACUCGCGGACGAUUGUGAUGCUUCCACGCUUGGAGAAAUCAUUUACCUGUGCAAGAGCCUCGAGCAACUCAGCAUUGUUUGCGCAGACGCUAGAGACUUCUAUUAUGAACCCACCUGUUGGCAUCGAGACCCCGUUCCCAACCGCGAAUUUGAACCUAUCUAUUCGGCGAUGAAAAAUCACCCAAUGCUCAAAAGCUUCAUUUUGCUUGGAAAGGAAGGUGGGCGAGGAAAUGGCUGCCUUCAUCUGCCAACGUUGAUCUUGGAUUUACCGAACCUCGAAUCCAUUGAAUUCAAACGACUAAGCUUCCCUGCACACCACUGCAAGCGCAUCACAGCUGCUGUUGAGGCCCAUGACAACUUGAAGAGAUUUGAAAUAGACACUGAGUAUAUUGGAACACAAAAAGAAACAUCCUUUGAAGAUUUUCUUCUUGAUUGUCGUCUUGAUCUCACUGAAAAAGAGACUGAGUCUAUCGGAAUACACAAAGAAGGAUCCUUUGAUGAUUGUCUUCUUGAUCGCAUUGUCAACAAGCUGGCCAUCAAUCGGGCGAACACCAUGCUCAGUGACAAUCCCACCUUUCGGAAUUGGGUGGUGACCUUGACGGCCUUUCGUCAUUACCCAGCUGUCGUCGAUUACCUCAUUUACAAGGGGGUUCCUGGCAGUGGUGGUGCCAUUUUGUUGGCUGAUGGUGCCUUGGAAGGAUUGAAGGCCCAAGAAAAGAAAAAGGAUGAGGAACAAGAGUUGGGAAAGCGAAUCCAACGCUGCCGUCGAUCCCAAAUCACAAACACACCACACACCAAAUUGCCUGAUCCAUUUCACCGAUAGAGUCGUCUCGGUGCCCCACACCAAAGCAGCAUACUGUCCUGGGCAUCGGCAUGAAAUGCAUCCAAUGGGAAGCAAAUAGCAAGAAGGAAGCAACCAAUUGUUCUAGCAGAGCAGCCCAAAGCCCACUCAGACUAAAUAUUCCAGGACAGUAUUAUUUCUACAGCAGU